AUGGCUUCCACAACCUCAGCCCCCUCAUCGCAGCCAACGGCUUCCUCAAACCUAACGGUUUUGCCUCCUAUAAUCACAGACUCCCCAGUUAAGCGGCAGGGCCGUCAGCGAUCCUCCUCGUACGCGAAGGAUCGUCUCUCAACGCACUCUAAUGUUUCCUUAGCUUCUCAGAAUCGGUCGCGGCCGGGAUCCCACGUCUUUCCUGUCUUUCAUUCCAGCUUACCGUAUGCGCUGGUUCGCGACUUUGCGUAUCCUCCUAUCCAUCCUCUUCACUACGGCCCAUUGCCGCCUCGUGCGUCGGUAGUAUCCACCCCGGCAAGUGAGCAACGGCGCCUGUCCGAUCCUCCGGCCCCAUGGGAUAGUUCUCGUGGCCAAUGGUCCGUGGGACCGUGGACUACCGACCAUAGCUAUGGGCAUCAGCAACUUCCCGCCAUGUCCUUUGGCGAUGGACCGCCGUAUAGCGAGGAUGAAGACUUGCACAGCCCAGUCUUUUCCGCCCCCCGUCACCGGAAAAACAAGUCCACCGGAACGGACCUUAAUGGACGGAAAGCCAGGGGCCCUGGUGGCCGUGAGCAUCAAGGCAUGAGCUAUGAGGCGGAUACCGAUCGGGGUACGCUUGUCAGUAUGAACGCGGACGGCAGUGAGACGUACUAUGUAAACGAUGACGACGCUUUGGAGGAUGGACCGGGCGGCGAGUAUGUCACCUAUCCGGCGAACGAAAGCCGGUAUUCUCACGUGGGCUCAUAUGGCGACUAUCAAGCCUAUGGACAUGAUGCGGACUUUGAUUCUGAAGACGACUAUGCUGGGGAUCAUCGGUACUCGCGUGACUUCCAGUUUGCUGUGGGAUGCCCUGAUGAGGAGAUGCACGGAAAAGCGGUUGCGCUGUUCGAUUUCACAAGAGAGCAUGAGAACGAGCUGCCUCUUACUGAAGGGCAGGUGAUCUUCGUCUCAUACCGGCACGGUCAGGGCUGGCUUGUUGCGGAGGAUCCCAAGACCGGGGAGAGCGGGCUGGUACCAGAGGAGUUUGUGCGUCUGCUUCGAGACAUCGAGGGAGGGCUGACGUCGUUGAACGGCGAGCCUGAUGCGGACGAAGAGAACAAUACGUACCUGAGCCCGGAGUCGACAGACUCCCAGCAAGCUAUUACACCCACGCAAGACGAACAGCUCCCACUAGAAUCGACCUACGUUAGCGUCGAGCAUGUCUUCAACGGGGAGAAGAGGAAGUCUUCCCAGCUGUCUAGCGGUGGCAAGACGGAUUCGAACAUGUCACAUUUCCCGGCAGAAGAUCAGGGGCUUGAAGCCCCGCAAGACCUUCCUGAAAAGAAGGGCCUCCACCUCCUAACAACCUCCACCCCCAACGGCAAAAAAGUCCAAAUCCUCCUCGAAGAACUCAAAGACCUCUACGGAUUACAAUGGACCACAUCCCUAAUCGACCUCGACACCGACGAGCAGAAGCAACCAUGGUUUCUGGCGUUUAAUCCCAACGGAAAAAUCCCCCUCCUCAUCGACAACUCAGCCAGCAACUCAGACCCAAUCCCAGUCAUGGAAUCAGCCGCUGAACUCCUCUACCUCGUAGAAAAGUACGACCCGGAUCACCAUUUCCACUUCUCGUCAGCAAUCCAUCGAUCCCAGCUCCUCCAGUGGUUGAUCUUCUGGUCUGCGUCGGGUCAGCCGCAGCAGGCGGGGUUGAAUCAUUUUGCUCGGUUCGCGGGGGUGGAGGUUCCUUAUGCUGUUGAGAGAUUUAAGGCUGAGACGCUUCGGAUUUACAGCGUGCUGGAAUUGCAUUUGUCCAAUGGUUUGGCUGGUGGUGGUGGUGGUGGUGGUGGUGGUGGUGGUGACGAAGCUAGGGAGUAUUUGGUGGGCGAGGGACGAGGGAAAUACAGCAUCGCGGAUAUUAAUGCGUAUGCGUGGGUGCGGGCGUGGAAGAGAAUGACGAUCACGGAGGAGGAAAUGGAUGGGUUUCCGCUGCUGAGGAAGUGGAUUGAGCGGAUUGGGGAGAGGCCGGCGGUGGUGAGGGGGGUGGGGGAUGGGUAUGAUGAGGAGGUGCAUCCUGAGUUACUACUUACUGCGAAGCAGGGUAGAUAG